AUGUUCCGCAGGCGAUCUAGACAGUACGACCGCUACCGCGAAGUAAACCAAGGAAUUUCGACUCCGGCAGCGGCGGCUGCUGCUGCUGCUUCUACCCAGCGUCUCUCGUCCUCGGCGGCUGCCGAAGCGCUCAGACGCCACUCUUUGACACAGUCUGAUCAGACCGCAAUGGCCCAGUUUGACGCAAAUGCUGCUCGCGGUGGGAUGCGUCGCUCGGCGUCCAUGACCCUAGCUGAGAGCCAGUACGCUCGUCGUACGUCUUUCUCCUCGCCCCAGGAGUCAGCUAGGACUAAUUCUCUUACCCGCCGCAAUUCUCUUACCUCCCACACAACCGUAAACAGAGACCAGACUGGUCGUACCAUGUCCCUUACCACAACAACCGUUCGCCAACUCGGGUCCUUCCAGCUGGUGUCCACCAAAGAAACGCCGGUGCGAGCUCCAAGGACAUCUCAGUCCCACGGCUCGCUGCGGACUCAAUACCAAAACCAGCCCACCGCAAGCUUCCAGGAGUCAAUAAACUCGUUCGAUAGCGAGCUUUCGGUGGUUCGCGAAGAGCCGGAGUUCUUGGACCGAAUAUCUGAGUCUCCACAGCCGGGACCUAAGGAUCUUCCGCGAGAUCAACGCGAACAAUCGCGAGGCCGACAACCCGCUGCGGUUGCUGCCGCUGGGAUGGUUGCAUCUUCGCCGCUUGUCAAUGUCACAAACGCGCUGGACUCGGUUCAUGAGGGAGACGAAACAAUCGAUGCCGAUACCACAAUUGAUUCUUUCAUCGAAGCCGAGACCACCGCAGACCACAUAAUUGAUUUGGAGAAUCAGCUGCGUCUAGAGAACAUUCCAGACACUACUGCUGAGGCCCCUGAGCAGUUCUUGAUGCCCGACACGGCAUCACGUUCGCGUAGUCGCUCACCGAUGAAACCGGCCCUGCGUGAACGCAAAAAUAGCACUGCAAGCAACACCUCCGAACGCCGAAACACCCACGUGUCGUUCGAAACUGCUCAUACUGAAGAAUACGUUUAUGACGCCUACGACUAUGAUGACUAUGAAGAGACUGGGCAUAACCUGAGUGCUUUGGCUGAUCUAGAUGCAAAUGGUAAUACGCAUGUGACUACGGUUACUGCUGCAGCCUUAGCUGCAGCCAAGGCCAAGCAGCUGCAGCAACAGCAGCAACAGCAGCAGCAGCAGCGAAGCGCGCCAACUUCGGCUCAGCGUCAGGCUCAGCGUCGUGCUGCACAGGCAGCAGCUCGUGCCUCGCCUGCCAAGCAGCAAAGUCCUCGUAAUUUGCGCCUAUCGCCCGUUAGCACCGCUGCUGCCGCGGCGGCAUCUAGCCAUAAUAAUGUCCAAAGCCAGGAGGCUCCCAGCCACACUCCCGACAGUGAAGGUGACUCGGUUUAUUCUGAUGCUGAGGAUGAGUUUCCAAAGGAGCAACCCCAAAGACGACCAAUGCGUCAAGGUCUCGAGCAGAAACAGCUCAGUGCUAGACCUAAUCCUGCUCCUGAUUCCGCCGCCGCUAGAGCUCUGGCUGCUGCAGCUGCAAUCAGCAACUCUAAUGGUCAUCUCCCGACCUCGAUUCCUCGUCAGUCAAGUAUUCGCACAUCUGUCUAUAAGCCACGUGUCGAAGCGGCGCCGAGCGAGGUAGACAGUGAGACUGUUGGACACCAUUAUCGUGUUUUGCUUGAUGAUGCUGCAAGUAUUACUUCAGAUUCAUCGUUCAAACGUGAUAGACGCACCUCCACUCAAAGCUCGCCAGUUCGCCAGGAUAAUAUCCCGCAGCGAAACCCCCAGCGCAUGGCCACCACACUCCGGGGCCAAGAUAGACUCUCCUCUUUGACAGGACGAUCUAAAAGACCUGAUAUGGUUCCACCUUCGCCUGCUGGUGGCUUCCGCUCGUACUCCUUGCGAAACCAAGCUCGACCAGACCCUGCACAACUCAUGGCCGAUGCUAAUUCAAAUACCGCCUUGGGUGCUCCUCCGGCUGUAAGACCUGGCGGCGGUCUUUUUUCUUUGCGUGGUGACGCACCUAAUAUGCGGACUACUCGUAGAACUUCUGUGUCUGGUUCUAUUACAACCCCUACUCAAAGCACUCAGCAGGCAUCUCGAUUUGUCUCCCGUUUUUCCCGCGAUAGUGAUAGUGAAGAUGAAGCUUUCACCGCCGCGAUUAACAGUAUUAGUAGUGAGCGUGAACAAAGAAGGGGUUUCAAGAGUAUGUUCGCCCACAAUGAGAAUGUCAAGACUCCUCAACGUUACAGUUCCGCGCCAGAACCUCGUCAGAAACGCGGGUUUUUCAAACGAUUAUUUAGUCGUGGUUAG